UACCAGCUGUUGGAAUCAGCUGACGUAAACGUAAUUUAAGACAAAAGAAAAAUCAAAACAUGAAUAAGAAAGGAAUCAGAUAUAAGCAAGUAUUAAUUUAAUUGUGCAUAAAACUUGUGAAAUUUUAUAAGAGAGUUAAACAAGUGUUAAUCGACGACAUGUGAAUUAUAUUUUCAUAGAAACUGAAAUAAAAUCUGGAGACACGAUAGUAUGUAUAAAGAGAAAGGAGAAACGCAAGUGUAAUAAAAAUUAGAGUUAAAAUUUUGAAACGUAGCUGCAAAGUGAUGGAAAUAAUCGGAGAAUAGCAAUUUGAAGCAUAACACUGAAAGAUGUCUGAAGACUUAGAAAUAGUGUAAUAGAGAGAGAGAUCGUUUAGAUAAACGAGUAAUUAUAUUUUUACGCCAUUAUGACCAUAAUAAUGUUUGUUUUGAUCGAUCUGGUGUUAUUCUCGACAAAAGUAUCGUCGAAGUUACACCUGCCGAAAUGUUGCCCGCCAGGAGAAAUCUUCUCAGGACAUUCCAUCGUAGAGUGCACUUCAGUAUCGAAGAACGUGACAGAACUCGAUAUUCACAAUUGGAACACCCCUAUGGGGUUUCAAGGAAUUCCUAAAUGUAAGGAAUCCGAAGAUCUUAUGACAACGCUGCUUGACGAUCUCGAUUCCGACAAUUUCUCAGAGGUGCCAGCUUGCCUUGAAAUACUUCAUGUGCAAGCAACUGGAGAAAACACCAUAAUAGUCGUUCAUUGUCAAUCGAACAAAGAUCGACCGAAAACAAUUAAUACAUCUCUCCCGCAGCUUGCAUAUAUCAGAAAAUGUUGUCCUCGUGACACAGUAUUCGACAGUCGUAGGAAGGCUUGCGUGCCGCAGUUAAGCGAGUUAGACAAUCUCGUAACAUUUUUACUAAAUAGAUCGUCUAACGCAGAACUUGUGGUGGUAACUACCGAUAGUCCACCUACGUGCAAAGGUCCUAUCAUCGAUUAUGAGAUUGACAUAAACGAUGUCUUUGUGCGGAACAGUACAUAUUCGGUGAUGGUUCCAACGGUCACGGAUAUUGUCAAAGAGGAACUUUUGGUUACUGAGAGUAAUGCCUGCCUCGAGAUAACGUCGAAUUCUGAUCGAAUAUUGAUAGUACGCGUUUGCAGAAAUCCGGAAUUCUGCCAUAGGAAUGUUUGCAUUAGAAAGUGCUGCGCCGAAAAUGAGUUCUUUUACGCCCAAGGAUGCAAUAAACUCGCUGUAUCCGACGAACCGAUCGAGUUUCACGAGGCCCUCGCAAACGCCGUAAAUCAAACGAGAUCGUCGUCUUUCGACACGACUAAAGACUACGGAAUUUUGAUUGGGAAGCCAUGUAAAUACGGUAUGUAUCCCAUAGAUCCAAGGGAAGAAGAAUGGUUGCUGACAUCAGAAGGACAUGUUUCUGUCGAAAAUUAUGCCGUGUACGACCAAGACAAUUAUUGCAUGGACGUCUUUUACAAUAAAUCGGAGUUUGAUCACCACUUUCAUUUGUUUAUAUGUUUUGAAAAUCCGGCGACAAAUGAGAUUUCAACAAGAUACCGAAUGAACACUGUCCUGGAAAUUAUCAGCUGCGCCUUUCUACUAAUGACUUUGCUAGUGUAUGUCUGUCUGCCGAGUCUGCAGAAUCUUCAUGGUAAAACGCUGAUGUGCCACGUGAGCAGCCUUCUCUUAGCCUUCACCUGCUUGCCCAUCAUCACUUGGAACAUGCCCGGUGACGUGAUUGAACGACAAUUUAUGAUAACAUGCAAAGCUUUAGCUUAUACCAUGCUUUUUGCCUUUCUAUCGGCGUUUUCCUGGCUUAACGUCAUGUGUUUUGACAUAUGGUGGACCUUCGGAGUUUUGCGCGGAAAUACCAUUACAAAGGCACGCGAGCAUAGGAAAAGAUUUCUAUUAUACUGUAUCUAUGCAUGGGGCCUUUCCUUGCUGGUGUCAAUCCUCGUUAUCGUUGCUGACAGCACGGAAAUCCUGCCAAACUAUCUGCAACCCGGUAUUGGUAAUAGAGGCUGUUGGUUUACACAAAACCGAGAUUCGUACGGCGAAUUAACUUUCUUUAUCGGACCGGUGAUGAUUCUGCUGAUAUCUAACGUAAUAUUUUUCAUUCUCACAUCAACACAUUGCAAUAAAGUACAAGCAGAGAUAAAAAGGGUAACAGACCACGCGGAUCCCAGAAGCAAACAAUUAAUUUUCUUUUCGUUUUCCGAAGCAAUAUUUAUCAUAAACAUCAAACUGUUUGUCGUCAUGGGAAUGUCCUGGAUCUGCGAGGUGGUGUCAUUCCUUCUAGAAAAAUAUUUAAAUUACGAGCAUUGGCAUCACGUACUUUUCUACACCAGCGACGUCUUCAAUUGCCUUCAAGGUCUAUUGAUUUUUAUUCUCUUUGUCUUGAAGAGUCGCGUGUAUCAAGCUCUUCAUAGACGAUUGGGAUUUGAUACCAAGAAAAGAAAAACGCUUACAAACGAUGCAACCGUGACUUUACACAACCCUUAUAGAGUCAGGAAAAGCAUAAGUGACAGCACAUUAACGACAUUCGCGGUUAGUUCAACACCAUAAGGAAAUAAUUGAGACUGUCUAAUAUAAUAAUUUACAUAAUGCCUCCUUUUUUAC